AAUCGGGAGCGGUUCGUGUUUCUGUCGGUACACCUGCAGAGCGGUGCCCCCAGUCCUAGUGGUGCCCUAGGCGGCUGCCUGUUCUGCCUGUGGCUAAGGACGGCCCUGGCCAGUGAUUCAGCCGUUGCUUCGACUUGCCUCCUGGUUUCCAGUUCCCCACGUGGUUUCCAGGAAAUCCCGGCUGCUCGGUUUCCAAAUCCCGAUUUUCUUCUCUGUCACCAGGGGCUGAACAAUCCGGAUCUGACCCAUCCACGAGCCAGCGAGCACCUGCUGCUGGCCCUGCCCCGGGGAAUUCCUGCGGUUUGGCUCGUGCCGACUUUCCCUUUCUCGCCCGGCAGGAGCGUUAUACGGAGAGGCAGCGAGCCGGCAUCGUCCUCUCCUCCGCCCGGCCAGGACAGCGGACGCGCCGAGGAGCUACAGACUGAGCACCAUGGCUCUCGAUGAGUUCAGAGCCGCUAUCCACCAUGGGAACCUGGCAGAUGCGAUUUCUAAUGUGCAGCAGAGAACACCACAGUCGUUUAACAGCCACACCCUCAGCAUCGCCGUCACGGGGGAGUCGGGCGCUGGGACGUCCUCCCUCAUCAACGCCAUGCUGGGGCUACGUGCUGGUGAUGAAGGCGCUGCUGAAACCGGGAUGCUCGAUACCAUGACGGAGCCGAUGGCUUAUCCAGAUCCCUUCCUUCCAGGCGUCACGUUCUGGGACCUGCCAGGGGUGGGCACGUCCUAUUUCCCUCUAAACACCUACUGUGAGCAGCUCAAUUUGAGCCGAUUCGAGUUCUUCAUCAUUGUCGGCUCCCAGCGCUUCCGCUCCGAACACGCCAGGCUGGUCCGUGAGAUCCAGAGAAUGGGCAAGAGGUUCUACUUUGUGCGCGCCAAAGCCGACAUGGACCUGGACGCUUCCAGGAGGCAGCGUCCCUCCAGCUACAACGAGGAGAGGAUCCUGCAGCAGAUCAGGGAGGACUGCAGGGGAGGCCUAGCAGCUGAAGGAGUGGGCCACCCAAAGGUUUUUGUCGUGUCCAGCUGGGAACCCAACCGCUACGAUUUUCCCCUCCUGCAGCAAACUUUGCAGACGGAGCUGCAACGCCUGAAGAGACACGCCUUCCUGCUUAGCCUGCCUGCUGUCGCCUCGCCCAUCAUCAACCAGAAAAAAGCCACCCUGAAGGGGGAGAUUUGGAAAACAGCCCUUUUCUCAUGUCUUCUCGCUGCCAUUCCUGUCCCAGGCCUCGCUUUCUUGUGCACCUUCUUCAGCUUCAGGAAACACCUCUUCCAAUACUACAGCAGCUUCGGCGUGGACGACAGGUCCCUCUCUGCUCUCGCCCGGCAGGUUGGGAAUCCCACGCGGGAGCUGACGGCUGUGAUGACGUCCUUGGGAACGACUCCCGUGACGGCUCUGAAGCUGUUGUCAGAUUCGGUGGGGGCUGCCGUGAUGGUAGCGGAAUAUUCGUGGAAGCGCCUCCCCAUAUUUGGUGCCAUGGUGUCUGGAGGGGUGGUGCUGGUUACCACGUCCUUCAUGCUGCGGAAGUGUUUGGCCUCUGUAGCUGACGACACCCAGCGGGUUCUGAGCAAAGCUCUGGAAGCAGAAAGGGAAAAAGCCAGCUAGGAUUUGGUGUUGCGUUGGCUGAGCCUGCUGCUGUCUAGGACUUCAAGCAGGAAAGAUUUAUGCUUCUCCAUCCAGGAGUUGCAUGUGUUGGCCAAAAGCCUAGUGGGAAGAAAUUGUCUCAAGUAAAAUUUUGCUUAUUUUGCCUUAUCCUCCAUUUUGCCAGCUUCGAAUUAGUACAAAGAAAUUGUUCUGAGUUUAUUUUUUGCUGAUUGUGUUAACAUUUGUUCUUAGAAGGAUAGAAGUUUUCUGGCCGUAAUUGCCUUAUUUACUGUGUGGUGUGAGUGAAGAAUGGAUGGUAAUUAACUGAGAUAGGACAACUGGGCCGGAUGGUCAGGAAGGGGGUGGAAGUAGGGUGACCAGGCAGCAAGUGUGAAAAAUCGGGACAGGGGGUGGGGGGUAAUAGGAGCCUAUAUAAGAAAAAGACCCAAAAAUCGGGACUGUCCCUAUAAAACUGGGACAUCUGGUCACCCUAAGUGGAGGAGUCAAUAGACACCAACUUUAGGGUCAAUCUCUCGGACGGCAGAUUGACGACCCUAAAGCAAAGGCAAAUGCCCCAAGGACGAGAUAAGAAACAGCUGCGGAUCCUUCCAGUAACAAUUCACACUAAUGCUAAUUAAGAGCAACCUUGACUACCUUGUGAUUGACAGCCCCGGUGUGACACAGCAAGUUCCAUAGACUUGUCUGGGAACUUAUCGCUCUAAAAGAAGGGUGUAUCGCCAUGGGACUUGGGUUCGUUCUGCAUCAACAUCGGAGCUUCGAACACAUUUGACCAGCUCCCCUCCCUUGUGUGUAGGUUCAGCAGGCCACUGGAACUGACCGAGCAACACUAAGGACUGGUAAGUGUGUGUGUGUGAGAAUGGAAGCACAUGCUGAUUUUAAUACUUAAACUGUACUCUCAA